GCGGGCUAUUGCGUAGGCUUGCAAACAUAUGAAAGGAGUAUCGAUACCCGCUGUAGAUUUAGAAGAGGUAUGGUUGCAUAGAAGGGAGGAGACGGCGGCAUGGACGGACAGCGAGGUACUUGAGUGGGGCAACCGGUUUAAGGGCUUAGUGCUGACUCCGAUAGAUCGGAAUCAAGGGGAUACCGUGGUCAUGUGCCCUAUCCUUUACCGGCAUGGGUUCGGGAAGACCUUCGCCUGGGAGGCAAACUACGAGCACAUCGGUGGUUUGGAUCUGGAACGAGACACUGUUAAGAAGAUUAGGGAUGACUUCCAUACUCACCGCCUUGACACGAUAGGUAAGUGGAGGGUCGAUGGUAGACUAGGAGCAGCCUACGUCAUCCCAAAGCACAAGGACCUCACUCGAUGGAGGCCCAUCGCGCCAGCACCAGCAGACCCUGUAGCACUCGCGCAAAAGAGAGUAGCUAAAGCACUACACUGUCUGCUGAAGCGACUGUCUGAGAAUAGCACGUUCUAUCUUAACUCUAUCUCCGAGCUGUCGGGCCAACUGAACGCCACGACGGUGAGGUUGAGAGUGGCAGGAUGCGAGCGUGCGAUAGGGAGAUGCUAUAAUAUUAAACACAUGUUUUCCAGGAUACCGCACAACGCUGUUAAGGAAGCGGUCCGGCAGUUGCUUAGGAAGUACGAAGAUGAAGGGGUCAAACAGGUAAGGGUUUCCAUGAGAGGUAAGUUGUGUGUUAUCAGCAACAAUAAGAAGAAAAUGGACGGGUAUGUGAGUAUCCCGUUGAAGAAACUGAUGACUGCGGUGGCAUUUGAUCUGAGGCAUUCUGUGGUCAAGUGCGGGCAGACACUCGUGAGACAGGUUUUCGGCAUUCCCAUGGGGAAGUCGACAAGUCCGAUUUUGGCUUCCAUCACGUGUGCGAUGGCGGAAAUGCGUUUUCUGAGGGAACUGGGAUGUGACCGACGACUGGUUGGGGGAUGGCGGAUCGUGGACGACAUCACUGUAGUGGUGGGUAUAACGGAACAAGCAAUGAUCGAGGGAUACGAGGAGCAGGUGUUCGAGAGAUUUGAGUCUAUAUAUGAUGAACAUCUUGAGAUCGUACGAAAGGACGAAUGUGGCUUGACUUGGGACUUUGUCGGUGGCCAUAUGUUCGUCGGUUGUAAGCCGCUGAUGCUGCAUUACACACCAGCGACCAAGAAUACAGCAGCGCUGAAUGACGAAGGUAGACUGUUGUUCCAAACUAUGCAGGACUAUAGCUCUUACUCACCUAAAGCGGUGAAAAAAGCUGUUUUGACCGCCACUCUGAGAAGAAUUUGGGGACACACAACUAGCAAGCAGUUGGUGCUUGGGGCCAUUGGGUUUGCUGUAUGUGAGGCGGACCUCUGGGGAUACCCCCCCGGAGGUCUCUCUCGAUGCUUUGGUGAAUUUGACCAAAGCUGUGCCGACGCAGGCACUCUAUUCGCUAAUGGCAGCCAUGAGAGCAUCCGCGGAGUGGGUGAAGGCAAGAAGGAGGGGCUUAAGGCGGGCCCGGAACAACCUCGGCACAGAGGCACAUAGCCACAGUGUGUGGGCAGAUGACGAAGGGUUUUGAAGCGCACUGCUCAACUGCUCAUUUGCUGAAGCAGCUUGCUUAUUUUGCCU